CCUCGGUGACUGACGCGUGGCCCUCACCUCCGCUUUCCCCUCCUCCCAAAUAAAACCCGACCGCAGCCGCCGGUCGUCCAGGAACGCCGCCGCCGCCAUGGCCACUGCCGGAGCCUUCCACGCCGGCGGCUUCCUCCUCCUCCCGGUCCGACGAAGUCUCCGCGGGCCCAGCCCCUCACCAUGGUCCCACUUCCGCACCCACUUCAUCUCCUCCAAGCCGCCGCCCUCCACCCCUCUCCCGCCGCCCGUGCCGCCAGCUCGCCUGUCCCCCGUGGGUUCUGCCUUCGGGCCUCCUAGCAGAAAGACCGGCGCGGUUGGAGCCGGGGCUGGCGCGGGUGUCGUCGGGUGGUACCUUGGCCUCUUGGACGCGCGGCCCGUGCUGACCAAGAGCGUCACCGCCGCUGUCAUCUUCACCGCCGCGGACGUCUCCUCCCAGAUGCUCACACUUGGUCCUGAGGAUUCACUUGAUUUUCUUAGGACCAUGCGUAUGGCUAGUUAUGGGUUUCUGAUCUCAGGACCUAGCCUCCAUCUUUGGUUCAAUUUUAUCUCAAAAUUGUUCCCCAAAAAAGAUGUAGUGAACACAUUGAAGAAGAUGUUUAUAGGGCAAGCAGUCUAUGGACCAAUUAUUAACUCAGUUUUCUUCUCAUACAAUGCAGGAUUACAAGGCGAGACUGUUGCUGAGAUUAUUGCAAGAUUGAAGAGGGAUCUAGUUCCCACCAUCAAAAGCGGGCUUUUAUACUGGCCAACUUGUGAUUUCAUUACUUUCAAGUUUGUUCCAGUUCAUUUACAGCCGCUAGUGAGCAAUUCAUUCUCAUUUCUGUGGACCAUCUACAUAACAUAUAUGGCCAGCUUAAAGAAAGCAGAUGUGGAGGUGGCCCCGAGUACCUAGGUGUUGUCGAGUGACUCAACAUGGCUGUUAUCUGUCGAUUCUUCGUACAAGGCAGACUUCAUGUAUGCCUCCUGGAUCGCGGAUGUUAUCGACCGGCGAUUUUAGGCUUUAGAGAGAUGGAUUGCUUACGAUGCAUCCUUCACUUUUGGUUAGGGCAUAGUGUCCACAGGGAUUCUACUUGCUUAUGUUUUUGGCUGAAGACCAUUUUGUUUGGAUGAUCGAAUUAUACUAGGUUCAUUGGGUGGGUCUUCUACGACGUCUUUCUUACGGUCUUUUGAUCCUAUGGCUAAGAAGUACAUUUACUUCAACUAAAUUUUCUGUAUCUAGUUAUGGAGAUGCAAGUGAACCUGUUCUUUGCCACAAACAAUAACAGACACAAUCUAUCUCAUCCUUUUCUUCUC